AGUCCCAAACCCUUCGUCGUCCCCUAUUUAUUAUACUCUCUUCUUCCCGAUUAAUCCUGCCAGCUUUUUCAUGUCCCUUCUUCCGCCGGUUACGCCUCCGCGUUCUGUGACGAAUGGGGCGGUUCAGCGCGUGAUCGGUCGCCAUUGUUGCCCUUCUCGAGCUUCCGAGGAGCUAUAAGCCGAAAAGGUUGGGGACAAUAUUUUUGAGUCUGAUGGACAUCAUCAUAAAGCUAAUUAAAGCAGCAUUUUUCAUGCUGCUAAUGCUGUGGUUCCUGAGGGAUAUUUUGAGGCAUAAAAGACAAGGAAAUACGGAUGAUAAUGCUUCGAGACCAAGAGAAAGAGCCACCAUCUUCAAGAAGAUUGUAGUUGCAUUGAACUUAUUCAUAGCAAUUGCUUACCUGCUAGUUUAGCAUCUCUCUAUACAUUAAACCGAAACCGCAGAGAAGAUAAUGGGUGGCCUUUGCUGCUUAUUCUCUGGUGGGUCUUUUCAGCGUGCUGGGAUUCGGAGCCAUGCUAUGUUCAUGUGGCUUAAUCCUAUGUUUAAAAAGGGAAGUGAUGAAAAAUUGAGAUUGAAACACAUCCCAUUGAUUCCUGAAAUGGAUACGGCUGAUUAUGCUUCAUCUUUGUUGGAAGACGCCUUUCGGGUGCAGAAAACUCCUUCGCUUCCAAGUGCCAUACUCCAAGCUGUUCGGUGGCCUCUUGCUGUGAAUGCGGUCUUUGCAGGUGUUAACACAAUUGCUUCAUAUACAUGUCUCUUGCUGAUCACGAGCUUUGUGAAGUUCUUAUCAGAAAAGUGUGACAAUCCAAACUACUUGCACCGUGGAUUACUUCAUGCGUUUGUGUUCUUUUUUGCAAAAACCAUGGAAUCAUUGUCCCAAAGACAAUGGUAUUUUGGUGCUCACCGUAUAGGCAUUAGAAUCAGAGCUGCUCUCAUGGCGUUGACAUACAAGAAGUCUCUACUGAUCAAGCAUGAUAUCAAGAGCAAUGGGAAAGUCAUCAAUUUUCUAAAUGUAGAUGUCGAGAGGAUAGGAGACUUCUUCUGGCACAUUCAUGGAAUCUGGUUGCUCCCCGUUCAGGGGACAAGGAUUCAUGCUCAUCUUAAGAGUCCCGAAAAGAAACGUUUUGAAAACCAAAUUGUUGAAGAUGGCGUCUUUGGAAUUCGAAAUGUUUUUGUUCAUGAUAAUUACCUUUCAUGGAAAACAACUUUGUAUAAAUCUUUGUUGGUUUUUGUUGGCGACAGAAAAAGGAAUCCGGAUCAAAGAAGGAAACUGAAUUCCUUUGAGAUUCGGUUUAAACAAUUCAACAUACUAAUUACUUUCUCCCUUAUGAAUUUCUACAUGGUAUCAGAGCAAGUUUUGAAUUCUUAAGACCUCAAACACGCUUCUUCUCCUGCCGGUGGGCAUACACAAUUCAAUGCCUACCAGCGGGAUAUUGUAAGUUUUGAUUUUCUUUGAUUGUUCUCCCUCACUAAAGAAUAUCAUGAACUCCUUCAACGAAAAACAUUGCUGUCGAGGAAUCCCGGCCUACCAUCAAUCUUAAAGAAGUUGUCCGAGAAGGGUUUCGAAUUCGGUGAAGGUUCGAAAGUUCCUUUACUCGACUGAUUAUUCGGUGGAUUCGAAAAGCUUGGCGUCUCCGUUGAAUAAAAAAUUGAAGUGUCU